AUCCUUGACCGCACAAACAAGAUUGGUACUUUGAUUUGAUUAGUUGUGUGGUGGUUUCACUGAUCGGCCUCUUCAACAACUCAAAAGGCCAGUUUUUUAUCUAUUCUUCAUUUGGUUGUAGAUAGCAUCAUAGCCAUAGCCAAGCCAGAUGUAUCCAAAAUUCUUUCCUCGCAACUAAGAUCUAUAUUGCACAUAUCCCUCUCUCAUAAUUGCUGAAAACUGAGCUUAAUUUUUGUCUGACGCAAUUUGCAUGGCUUCUCAGUUUAGUUAUUGCUCGUCUUCUUCAACCACCUUCACACCCUCUUCGUUCAAGAAUGAGACACAUCUAUCCAGUAGAUUUAACAUUUUGCCAAGAAAAUCACAUUCUUGCACAUGGAUCUCGCUGAUUCGUCGGAGAAUCCGUCCCAGAAAGCACUUUCAGCUUAAAUCCUCAAAUGGGCAUCCGCUCAAUGCUGUUUCUUUGCAAGAUGUAGGUACAGCUGGAGUUCCUCUGGCCAAAAAUGAUAUGGAGCCUCAAGGGAAAGAGGAAUCCCUUCCAUUUUCACAAUCAGAAAAUCUAGGACCUCAACUCAGCAUAACCGUUGUUGGCGCUUCAGGAGACCUUGCCAAAAAGAAGAUAUUUCCAGCACUUUUUGCUCUUUAUUAUGAAGAUUGGCUACCUGAGAAUUUUAUAGUGUUUGGUUAUGCUCGGACCAAAAUGACUGAUGAGGAGCUACGGAACAUGAUUAGCAGAACCUUAACUUGCAGAAUUGAUCAGAGGGAAAAUUGUGAAGAAAAAAUGGAUCGGUUCUUGAAAAGAUGCUUCUACCAUUCUGGACAAUAUAAUUCUGAGGAGCAUUUUGCAGAAUUAAACAGAAAGUUGCAGGAGAAAGAGGCUGGAAAACUAUCAAAUAGGUUAUUUUACUUGUCAAUACCUCCAAACAUAUUUGUCGAUGUUGUAAAAUGUGCUAGCCUUAGGGCUUCUUCUACAAGUGGGUGGACAAGGGUCAUUGUUGAAAAGCCAUUUGGUCGUGAUUCAGAGUCAUCUGGUGAGCUGACAAGAUGCCUGAAACUGUACCUAACUGAAGACCAAAUAUUCAGGAUUGACCACUACUUGGGCAAGGAGCUUGUUGAGAAUCUCUCAGUGCUUCGCUUCUCAAAUCUUGUUUUUGAACCUCUAUGGUCCCGAAACUACAUCCGCAAUGUGCAACUUAUAUUUUCUGAAGAUUUUGGUACAGAAGGACGAGGGGGAUACUUUGAUAACUAUGGAAUAAUACGAGAUAUUAUGCAAAAUCAUCUUCUGCAAAUACUAGCACUUUUUGCAAUGGAGACUCCUGUCAGCUUAGAUGCUGAGGAUAUCAGGAACGAAAAGGUUAAGGUCCUAAGGUCAAUGAGACCACUGCAGCUUGACGAUGUAGCUGUUGGUCAAUAUAAGGGCCACAGCAAGGGCGGAAAAUCAUAUCCUGCUUAUACAGACGACCCAACUGUACCAAAUAACAGUCUUACUCCAACCUUUGCAGCAGCAGCUCUCUUUAUAAAUAAUGCCAGAUGGGAUGGGGUUCCUUUCCUGAUGAAAGCUGGCAAGGCUCUCCAUACUAAGCGAGCAGAGAUCAGAGUUCAGUUCAGACACGUCCCUGGUAACUUGUAUAAACGAAACUUUGGAACCGACUUAGAUAAGGCCACAAAUGAGCUUGUGCUUCGUGUACAACCUGAUGAAGCCAUUUAUUUGAAGAUCAAUAACAAAGUUCCUGGUCUUGGAAUGAGAUUAGAUCGCAGUGACCUAAAUUUGCUUUACCGAGCAAGGUAUUCAAGAGAAAUUCCGGAUGCAUAUGAGCGGCUACUCUUAGAUGCAGUCGAAGGGGAGCGAAGGUUGUUUAUUAGAAGUGAUGAGCUUGAUGCUGCCUGGGCGCUAUUUACUCCCUUGUUGAAGGAACUUGAACAGAAGAAGAUUGUUCCAGAGCUCUACCCAUAUGGUAGUAGAGGACCAGUUGGAGCACAUUAUCUUGCUGCAAAACACAAUGUUCGAUGGGGAGAUCUCAGCGGCGAGGACUCGUGAGUGGCAAAGAGCUCUCUAUACUAUCAUUCUGGAUGCUUACAGCCAGCCUACUCGCAUUUCUUUGAACUUUUUCUCUUUUCAGUGGAUGAUUUAUUGUGUUACGAAGUUCUAUUAUUCUGGAUGCUCCGAUAAUUUGGUUAAA